UAGGUGGACGUGCCCUGUGGACGCCUGUGGUCCGCAAGAAAAAUUAAAAAAAAAAGUGUUAAAAAUACCGCGCUCGCGCUGUCAAAAAAAGUGGCGGGAGAUAAAAAUGUAGAUUUUUUGGAAGUACCUACGUUGAGUAGACCAUCAAAAAUGCGGCGCGGCGGACGACAGACAACAAACUACCUUUUGUUAGUUGUGCCGCGUCGGAAAGGCGUGACAGCACGUCUGCUGCUGCUAGUGCUGUCAGCGGCGGCACUGGCAGCAGGCUGGGCGCUGGCGGACCGCAUUGCGACAGCGCUGCUGUACCCGCUGCCAACAACGAACACCCUAGACCAUCUCCGGAUAAACAGGAGCUUGAAGUCCUACUUGGAUAAUAUCACGCUUCUACUGGAGCCCUCACCAUCAUGCGCGGGCGCCCCCGUGGUGGCGGUCGUCACCUCCACGCCGCACCACUUCGACCAGCGCAUGGCCAUCCGGGAGACCUGGGGGAGACACCUGCCCACAUACUUCAUCCUGGGACUUAAUGGUACCGCUGUCGAGGACCUAUUGGUAGACAACUACAUAGAAGCGAAAGAGCACCGUGACAUGAUCGUGUACCAGUUCCGCGACCACUACCAGAACCUGACCAUCAAGACGGCGCUGCUGGUGCGAUGGGCGGCGGCCGCCUGCCCCGGCCUGACCUUCCUCUUCAAGGUCGACGAUGACAUCCUCGUCAACCCCUGGACGUUGAAAGAUGUUGUCAAUAAGAGCAGCGAUGCUAAUUUGAUAGGGUACCGCAAGGAGAACUCGUAUGUUCACCGCGACGAGCACAACAAGUGGUACCUGCCGCGCUGGCUGCUCCGCCCGGACCUCGUGCCCGAGUACCUGUCGGGUACCGCCUACCUCAUUAACGGUCGUCACCUCACCACAAUCCUCCACACCGCAUUCAACAUCCCCAUGAUCAACCUGGAAGACGUGUACUUCACCCACCUGGUGGCCAGCGAGCUGGGGCUGACCUUGACUCAUGACCGCCGGCUCAGCCCCUACAAGCCCUGGGCUCCAGCAGCCUGCCUCUACUGGACCCUGGCUUCGGCCCACAGCCUGACUCCCCAGGAGAUGACCAGGGUCUGGCCUGGUCUUAGCUACCUUGGGGAACAGUAUGAUACUGGACAAAAAGUCUGUGGAUUCUAUGAAAAGUAUUUGAAUAGUGAACUGUUAUUGUAUUAGGAUACGCGUACAUAUGACGAGGCGCAGCAGAGUGGGCCGCAUUUACCGUGUUAUAUUUAUCAUGGCUUAUCUUAAAAAGUCUUAAAAAACUUAACAUAAACAACAGAAAAUGCGGCCCGUUUCGUCCCCUAUUAUAACAUGAUGGUGUUCGUUUUAGGUAUAAAUUACGUUAUAUUGUUAAUAGCACGGGCGUAU